CCCUCUUCCUCAGCCGUGAAGGAUGUUGUUGCUCCUGCUACUUUCUCAUCUGUCUCUCUCGGGUGGUGUCAACAAGUGGAAUGGUGGCGUACAGAGUGGCAUCUUUGGGGGUCGUAAGGCCAAGCCCCACUCCAGACCCUACAUGGCUUCACUGCAGACACGAGGACACCACGUAUGUGGAGGAGUGCUGAUCAGAGAGGACUACGUGCUGACUGCUGCACACUGUCUUAAUUACAGGCCGUUAACAGUAGUUCUGGGUGCCCACAACAUCAGUGAGAAGGAGAACAGCCAACAGCACAUCGGUGUCUGUGUCAACAUCCCUCACCCAAAAUAUCCUGAAGAGAAGCUUAGUGACGACAACCCCAGGACUCGAGAACACGACAUCAUGCUGCUGAAACUGAAGACCAAUGCUAAGCUGAACGAGUUUGUGAAGGUGCUGGAGCUCCCUAGGAGUAACGAGAAGAUCCCACAGGGUGCUAGGUGUGAGGUAGCUGGGUGGGGCGAAAGAGUCCCUGGACAAGGAGGACAGAGUGUCCUUUAUGAAUCUACAGUCACACUGGAUGAUGUCAAGAAAUGCAAAAAGACAUGGAAGAAGUACUUUAACCAGUUCCUGAUGACCUGCAGCAAAUCAGAUGGAAAAGAUGGAGUCUGUCAGGGUGAUUCUGGAGGCCCUCUCAUCUGUGCAAAGGGUAAAGUGAACAUCCUGUACGGAGUCACAGCCUACACUGGUAAGCCGUGCGAUACGACCGAAUACCCAGAAGUCUACACCAGAGUUCCCUUCUUCCUACCCUGGAUUGAAAAUGUUCUUGAAUGGUGAAUGGUGCUCUGUUGACAAUAAAACAAACUCUAACAUAAUAUUCAGGACUGGUCAUUGGUGUUAUAUGAUCAGACAAAAUAACAUUGUGUAAUUAUCAUUGAUUUUCCUAUUAAUAUUUUUUUUAUCAGCGGUUUAUAUUGUCUCUCCUUGAUCUGGAGGUCAGUUGUGUUGGAUGCUGAUAUCCAUCUAUUCUGUUAUCAUUCCUUAUCAGGAUGAAGCAGCACAUCUGCUCUCCAGCCUUAGACAUUAAUGCUACAUACAGUACAAUAUGACAUGAACCAAAUGAUUAGUCAAUUAGCACUCAGUCUGAAGGAGUCUUAGACAUUAAUACUACAUACAGUACAAUAUGACAUGAACCAAAUGAUUAGUUAAUA